ACCGCGUGGGGAUGCACAUUAAGGAAGAAGAUAUCCGGGAUUCGGGAUGGAUUCUGGAGAAUUUCCGGAGCUGAGGGUGAGGCUGAUGACAUGGGAAGAUGUUCCUCAGGUGGCCGAAAUAUGGAAGGAUACUGGGCUAGCUGAAGGAACUCACAGUAUACAUACGUGGUUCCGGUUCGAUCCGGAUGGAUUUUUUGUUAUAGCUUCAGAUACAGAAGUUCUAGGUGUUUGCGCUGCUGUGAUACUUCAUUCCCGUCUGGCAUUUGUGGGUCUGUACGCAGUCAAAAAGUCUCAUAGAGGCAAGGGACUCGGACUGUCCAUAUGGAAAAGAGCCAUGGAACAUGUUGGACAGAGGAACGUAGGGCUCAACUCUGUUCCUGAACAUUUGCACACAUAUAGAGACUUAGCGGGAUUCCGGAUUGUCGCACCCUGGUGUACACUUUUUUGUGAGGGCGUACCACAAUUCGCUGACAAGAAAAGACAGCUAGAAGGUAUACAGAUCGUGCAAAUUCGAUCAUCGGUUCUUCCAGCUGUCAUCAACUACGAUGCAUCAGUUCAUGGGUACGAUCGUUCGAAAAUAGUAACCCUAUCAACAGCUGAAGAGGACAGUCUAACUUUGGCAGCUGUUAGAGAUGGCACUGGGAGAGUGUGUGGCUAUGGCUGCCUGAAGAAAAACGUCCAAGGUUCACUUCUCGUCGGACCACUGUACGCAGAUGAAGCCAGCAUUGCCGAAGAACUCUUGGGCAACUUGGUGGCUGAAUUUCCAGGCGAAUCGAAUGGAAUCAUAAGUAUGGCAGUAAUUAAUUGCAAUUCUGAAGCAAUGUCUCUAGUAAAUAGAAUUCAGUUGUCAAUUGGAACGGAGGUACCUCGAUGCUAUAAAAAAGAACAGGUGCACGCCAACUUUGAGAGAGUGUUUGGGCAGCACGCUCUUAAUUUUUCCCCAUUCUAAGUUUUUAAAAAAGUGCAUUUAAAUUCGGUAUAACUGAAUGAAUGAUAAGAAAAAGGUUAAUAUUCUUUUUCAAUAAAAAGUAACAAAAGUUAAAAUGUACCAGCAUUAAACUGUAUUUUCACUGUAUCCAAUAUCAAUGGAAAAUUUUGCCGAUCAAAAUUAUUGCGAUAGUUUGAAAGGUCAUGAACAAAGCAUACAACUGCAGUAUUUUUUUUAUUUUAUUAUAAAAUUUACUAUUCUAAAUACCAGUAGUAGUUAAAAUAUUUGUUUUUCCAUAGAAUAAAUUGCAAUGAAACCUGUGUAACUUUACCAUAUGACUGAAAAUGAUAUUUUCAAAGACCAUGAACAAAACCUUAUUGUAAUAGUAUUUGUUUUGUCACAAAAUUCGAACAGAUUGUAAAUUGUAGGAAAAAAAAGUUACGUGCCGGUGCCAUUCUAAAUAACAGCAGUUAAUGAAAUAUUUGUUUUUGCAUAGAAUAAGUUACGAUGAAGCCUCAGUAAGUUGACCACUUGGAGGAUAACAAUUUGAAGGUCCUCUUAGACAAGUGGCCAACCUAUAAAAGCGGGAAUUCUAAUUAUUUUUUAUCAGUUUGGUACUUGAUGAUUAAAAACAACUCAGACAGGUGAUCAACAUACUGUAGUGAUCAAUCUAACAGGUUUCACUGUUUUAGUUGCGAUUGUUUUUGUACAAAACAGAAAGUUAAUGUGAGGGGAAGUACUACUUAACAAGUGCGCCCAUUAUCGGUCAAAAAAAAAAAAAAAUUAUAUCUAUAGUUUACUUUACCCACCAUCGUGGCUACAAUAUUUUGAAAAAGGGAUGACAAGCGUUUCAUGAGCCUAAUGGGAGUCUUAAUAGUUUUAAUUUUCACUUUAAUUUCAGGAAUUGAGUUAGUCAUUAAAAACAAUUAGUUUCUUCAAACUUUCACUACCACUUUUAAAUUUUUCCUGGUUGUGACCAUUCUGCUACUAAUCUUAACUAUCAUUUACUACGUAGCUAAACUUGUAGUAAACAUGCGAAUUACAGUUAAAAAUACCUCAACUGUUAAGAGUUGAUAUUGAAAAAUUUAAAGCUGAGUUGCAUUAAGGCUCAAUUGAUGUUGAGAGUCAAAUUUCUCUAAUCUUUAAGCAUUUUAUAAAUGAUAGUGUUAUCACAUCAUAUAAUUUUAUAAAUGUAAAU